AUGGCGUGGCAACCACAACCAGAGAAUCUGGCCCAGCUGGCCCAGUGUUUGCGAGACUCGCUCAGCGGCCACGACAUUGCUGCACAGAAAAAGGCCGAACAGAUGCUUCGCCAGGCAAAGUCGUCUCCAGAUAUCAACAACUACUUAACGUAUAUCGCGGUCAACCCUACGCCACCUCAAGGCAUGACCCCGGAAGCAUACCACGCAGCUCGCAGUGCAUCAGCCAUCAUGCUCAAGAACAACGUCAAGACCUCCUACAAGUCCAUGCCAGAAUCAAACAAGUCGUACAUCAGAGCGAACAUCCUACAGGGCCUACAGGAUCGCAACACGCAGAUCCGUAACUACAUCGGCAACGUCAUCACAGAGGUCAUACGACAAGGUGGCGUUCUCGGCUGGCCACAGGUUCUGCCGGAUCUAGUCAGCCUCGUUGCUAACGAGUCAUCUGCCCUUGAAACCCAGGACGGUGCAAUGGGCGCUCUACAGAAGAUUUGCGAGGACAACCGAAAAGCGCUUGACGACGAGUACCAAACACAGCGGCCUCUAGCUUUCUUGCUACCCAAGCUCGUUGAAUUCAUGCACAGCCAGAACCCAAAAGUACGGUCGCGGUCGCUUGCCACGAUCAACGUCUUCCUGAGCGAGCCUGUGGCGCUCACUGUUCGCGACCACAUCAACGACAUCCUUCCAGAGAUUGUCCGUCUAGCCACUGAUUCAAACGAUGACGUACGCCGGUUCGUAUGUCGUGCCUUUGCGCUUCUUGCAGACGCCCUUCCCGAAGUACUUGCUCCACAUAUUGGAGGUGUCAUCGAGUAUACAAUCUCGCAGCAAAAAGCUGAGCAGAACGAUGAGCUGGCUCUUGAUGCCGCAGAGUUCUUCUUCGAGGCAAGCAGCAGACCCGGCCUUCGAGAUGCGAUGGGCCCCUAUCUCAGUCGAAUCGUACCCGUCCUUCUGGACUGCAUGGUCUACAGCGAAGACGAUCAGAUCAGAUUGGAAGGCGAUGAUGAUGAUGCAGACGUGGAAGAUGAGGCCAAAGACAUUAAGCCUCAAUUCGCCACUUCGAAGACAUCUCGCGACGCAGGUUCAAACACGCAAGCAAACGGGCAAGUCAAACCUGCUGUCAACGGGUUUGCCUACGAAGACGACGACGAUCCUAGUGAGGGCGAAAUCGACGAAGAUGAUUUGGAUGAUAUUGAUCCGGAAGAGGAGUGGAACUUACGCAAAUGCUCGGCAGCGUCACUCGACAGUCUGGCCAGCCACUUUCACGGCGCCGUCUUUCAAGAGGUUCUACCUUGGCUGGAGUCGAACGUGAAGCACAGGGACUGGCCAAACCGCGAAGCGGCUGUCCUCGCUCUGGGUGCUAUCGGACCCGGCUGCAUGGACGACAUCAAGCCACAUCUUCCACAGCUUAUCCCGUAUAUGCUCAGCCUGUUACAGGAUAUUCAGCCAGUCGUACGACAAAUCACCUGCUGGUCACUCAGUCGCUUUGCGUCCUGGGCUGCACAUGAUGAAGAAGCACCGAAGGACCAAUUCUUCGUUCCCAUGAUGGAAGGUCUUCUCAACCGCAUGUUGGACAAUAACAAGAAAGUACAAGAGUCAGCAGCUUCGGCUUUUGCAGCACUCGAGGAGAAGGCGAACACAAAGCUGGCGCCCUACUGCCAUGUCAUCCUGCAGCAGUUCGUGCAGUGCUUCGGCAGAUACAAGGACAAGAACAUGUACAUUCUGUACGACUGUGUUCAGACACUAGCUGAGCAUGCCUCACCGACGCUUGCAGAACCGCAGAAUGUCAACCUCCUCAUGCCGGCAUUGAUCGAGCGCUGGAAGAAUGUGCAGGAUCAGUCUCGAGAGAUGUUCCCGCUAUUGGAAUGCUUAUCCUUCGUGGCAACGGCAUUGGGUGCGCAGUUCGCACCCUUCGCGCAGCCAUUGUUCACCCGCUGCAUCAAGCUGAUACAGCAGAACCUUGAGGAUGGCAUCACUGCGGAGCAGUCCUUCCUCGACACCCCUGACAAAGACUUUCUCGUAACCAGCUUGGAUCUGCUCAGCUCUAUCAUUCAGGCGCUAAACGAGGAGCAGAGCACUCUGCUGGCUGGUCAUGCCGAACCCAACAUGUUCCAACUGCUGGCCUACUGCAUGGAAGAUUCCAACAACGAUGUGCGGCAGUCAGCUUAUGCUUUGCUCGGCGACUGUGCGAUCUACAUCUUCCCUCAGCUCAAGCAAUAUCUCUCGGCACUGAUGGGGAUCUUGAUUCAGCAGCUCGACAUCAACAACAUCAGGGGGGACCCCGAAACCGCUUACAGGGUCAUUAACAACGCCUGUUGGUCGUGCGGUGAAAUUGCCAUGCGAAUGAAAGAGGGUAUGGAGCCAUACGUGGAACGUCUUUUGACGAAGCUGGCCGUCAUUAUGUUCAGUGCCGAUGUUCCCGAUUCACUUAACGAGAAUGCUGCGAUUGCGUUGGGCCGACUUGGACUCGGCUGUCACCAAGCGCUGGCACCUCACCUCGCCAAUUUCGCUGGACCAUUCCUGCGAUCGAUGCAAAAGGUCGGCUGGACGGACGAGAAAGGUCACGCGUACAAAGGCUUCGUCAACGUGGUGCUCGACAAUCCAUCAGCUUUAGAGAAGUGUCUACUGGACUUCUUCAUGGAGAUGGCGAAUGCACCUGGCGUCUUUCUGACGGGCAUGCAGGAGGAUGGCCCAUUGGCAGGCUUCGAGCGUGUGCUGGCUCAAUACAAGCAGAUGAUCGGUGACCCCGGUUUCGACAAUUUCUUGCAUAACCUACCUCCCAUGCAAGAGCAGGCGCUGCGCCAGCUGUACGCCUUUUAG